AUGAGAAAGCCAGAUCAUGAGCCAAGGGAUGCAGAAGAUGAAACUCUGUUUGAAAUUUGGAGUUAUGAUGGGAAAAUGGCACAUCAAAGCAUUGUUGAAGCGACAGAAAAAUUCAACCCAAGACAUUGCAUUGGAGAGGGAGGAUCUGCAAAUGUUUAUAAAGCAGAGGUGUCAACGGGUCAAGUUUUUGCAGUGAAGAAACUUCACCAAUCUGAGGAUGGAGAAGUGGCCAACCGAGCCUUUGCAAGUGAGAUUACUGCUUUAGCAGAAGUGAGACACAGGAAUAUUGUAAAGCUCUAUGGUUUUUGUUCACAUGCAAGAUACUCAUACCUUGUGUAUGAAUACUUAGAAGGGGGAAGCUUGGGAAAGAGUAUAAGUAGUGAGGUGAAAGCAAUGCAGUUCGAUUGGAUCAAGAGGGUUAACGUGGUAAGAGGUGUUGCCCAAGCUUUAUCCUACCUGCACCACGACUGCUCACCUCCAAUUAUUCAUCGAGAUAUAUCAAGUAACAACAUUCUGUUGGAUUUGGAAUAUGAAGCUCACAUCUCCGACUUUGGCACAGCCAGGAUUUUGAAGCCUAACUCACCCAAUUGGACAUCAUAUGCAGGCACCUUUUGGGUAUUCAGCUCCAGAUGUGCUGAUAUUUUCUUGGCAGAGCUUGCUUACACUAUGGAAUCGAAUGAGAAGUGUGAUGUAUACAGCUUUGGGAUGGUAACAUUGGAAGUGAUGAUGGGAAGGCAUCCGGGCAGUUUCAUCUCCUUAUUAUUAUCAUCAUCAUCAACGACAACAACUACCCAGAAUAUAACACUGAAGGAAGUGUUGGACCAGCGCCUCUCACCUCCUAGAGGUCGAGUAACUGAAGAAGUGGUCACCAUUGCUAAGCUAGCAUUUGCAUGCCUCAACGCCCGCCCACAAUCCAGGCCAAGCAUGCAACAGAUCUCUCACAAGCUAUCAACUCGUAGUCUUAGAGCCCCUCUGUCAGAGCCCCUAGAUGCCAUUACAUUAGGAAAACUAUUUGAUAACACAACUUUAACUCCCUGA